AUGAGAAAAACUGUUCUUCCAUUAAUUGCGGCUACUCAUGCACCCGAUAAUCAACAGCUCUCCGCAUCCCUGGAGUCCUGUUUCGACCAAAUCCAAGUUAUCAAUUCCUAUGAGAUUUUUUGUGAUAAAACGGAAAUUACCACUUGUUUUGCCUACAGUGCUUAUCUAAAAAACCAAAAUGCCAUGGUUCUAGUGUUCCGAGGCACCACUACACUUUUCCAAUUGAUCGAUGAAGGAAUUUCAUUCUUUCUUCACCCAAAAAUCCCCUUUAAUGUUACAAAAGGGGUCGUGGAUGGGUACUAUUUGAAUGCUUUUUAUGAAUUAUGGAACAAAGGAAUUCAGAAGGGUGUUGAGAAGAUUCUAGAAGAGGAAAAAGACGUCAAAAUUUGGUUUUUUGGGCAUUCACUAGGCGGUGGCUUAGCAUCGAUCGCUUCAUCCUACGUGGCGAAAACCUACGGGUUGACUGGUUCGAGAACGAAACUGGUGACUUUUGGGAUGCCAAGGAUUGGAGAUAUCGAUUUGGCCGAGGCUCACGAUGAGUUGGUUUCCGAUUCUUGGAGAAUUGAGCAUAGUAAGGAUCCGAUUCCAGCUCUUCCGCCAAGAACGUUUCCCGAUGAUAUUGAUAAAGGCUCCUUUCAUCACAAUACUGAGAUUUGGUACCCCCAUGGCAUGGCACACGGCGCGAAUUUUGAAAUUGGAUCUCGUCCCGAUACUACUGUAGGCCGAAGUGUCUUCCCGUUCAAUAUCGAGGAUCAUUUUACUUAUUUCAAUGUUUAUCUAGAAUCCUGGUAUCGUACGGGGUGUAGGAAUGAACCAGAUGCAGCUCCGUUGUUAAUGAGAAUUGGGAAAUUAUGA